UGAACACAGGAAGCUAGCCACCGUUCUCUCUCAAGUCUCAAACACGAGCACGACUGCACGAGCAGAGCACCAAAUAAGGAGAAAAGGGAAAAGACUAGCGAUUUUCCUUCCAUCUUCCUCUCAUGGGAUCCCGUUUUUCAUGCUUCAUCGUCUUCUUCAAUCACUGAAUUGAAGCCCCACCCCUGAGCACGUGUCUGAGGAGUAGUGACGCUUAGAGCUAGCGCUAUCGCUAAACGCGUUGACAGAAGCAGCCAACCAGAUGAUCAACGCAAAAGGUCUCACCCCAGAAGAAUUUGUGGACCUUGAGUCUGUCAUUCGUACGUAUCACACGUUUCAGAGUUCCCCCAAUACGUGCACAUCCCUCAUAACACAAAGGAUCGAUGCUCCCCUCGGCAUGGUCUGGCCUCUGGUGCGAAGCUUCGACAGUCCUCAGAGGUACAAGCACUUCAUCAAGAGCUGCAAAAUGAAGGGCGAUGGAGGUGUUGGGAGUAUCAGAGAAGUCAGUGUUAUUUCUGGGCUUCCGGCUUCCACCAGCAUUGAGAGGUUAGAGAUUUUGGAUGAAGAGAAGCAUAUCUUGAGCUUCCGUGUUGUGGGAGGUGAGCACAGGCUCAACAACUAUCGCUCCGUCACUUCGGUUAACCAGUUUGUUUGCAAGGAAGGGAAGGCCUAUACGAUUGUGUUGGAGUCUUAUAUCGUCGACAUACCGGAGGGCAACACCGGCGACGAUACCAAGAUGUUCGUAGACACUGUUGUGAAGUUGAAUCUGCAGAAACUUGCCGCUAUUGCCAUGGCUUCUCUUCAGGGACGACGACAUGACGAUUCAUGCUGCUAGCCUGCUACUACAGUACUACUACUCAUCCUAGCUACUCCUCCUAUUCCUUCCUAUAUGAUCGAUCGGUGAUGCAUGACUACAACAAUAUGACGAGAACAUUGGAGUAUAGUUUGUGGGUGAUGAUGGGUCAUCAGUCAUGGCUUAGUUUAGUCCAAGUUUUUUUUUUUAUAAUAAUAUU